ACCAGCCCUCCCUUGUACUUUGCAUUAACUCUCCGCAUUGAUUCCUCCUACGCGUUCAUCUCAAAUCCAUUAAAGAGGUGGCCCGUGUCUCUUCGAUACUCGCCUAUUAGGAAGAAGCUGGUGUUGUCAUCCACACAGUAGCACCUGAAGACGUCUUCCUGCCUUCUUAGUUAUCCCCUCCGGCACCGUCAUCCAAGUCCGCCAUCGUCGUUGCCGCCGCUGCCGCCAUCGUCGUCGUUCGGGCCUGGUUUUGUUUCCGCAGCACACAGCAUGAGGGAGGUCAAUUUCAGCAUCCCCAACGUCAACAAGGCGUCGGUGGGCAUCACCACCGCCUUGUAUGACCGGCGGGCUCUAGAUUGUACUUCGACGCUUCCCCUAAUCAACUCGCUCAACCACCUCGCCUAUCUGACCACGUCGUCCGCCCGCAUCCGCGAUAUUCUGACAGUCGAUGGAGGCAUCGAGAGGUUGGUAUGCAUCCUGAAACAGGGGCGGAGUAAGGACAUGAUGGAUAUGUGGAAGUGGAAUCUCGCCUUCCAAUGCGUGGUGAACAUAGGAGUUCGCGGGACCGAGAACGUAAGAACUCGGGUGGUCGAGGCAGACAUGGUCCCAGUCAUCGCGACGAUACUCGACAAUUACAUCAAGGUCAUCGAGAAGUGCCGUGAAAAAGCUGAGGAAGCUAAGCAGAAGCAAAUUGCUGAUCACCACCAUCGCCAUCGGAGUCACAGCCAUCGCGAUCCUUCGUUCAAAUCAUCUUUUGCCAAUCGAUCUGCACGCGUCGAUCUCGAGCAGAGGGCAUUCCGCCGACAGGCCCCGCCUCCGUCCAUCGAUGUCUCAGCUGCCUCCUUCGCGAGUACGUCGGCCGCGACCGAGCAGGCCAAUACCGAAGUCGUACCGAACGUACCCUUCCCCGUUACGUCUCCUCCGGACCGCCCAACUUUCCCCAAUCGCCACCAUCACCACCACCACCAUCAUCACCAUCAUCACCAUAGGCACGAGACCAAUCAGAAUAUCGUGUCGCCUGCUCGACAGGUAAUCCAACCUCUAGCCAGCGCAGUGCCCACUAUGGAGGCAGUCGAUGGAUUCAUCCGCCCCGUCCGAGAUAUCGAUCGACUAUCGUCUAUUGUCCCAGCGUUCCACCCUAGUCUACUGCCCUCACAACCCACAUCUCCUACAACACCUCUGCCACCUUCGCGGAAUCUUUCUCCCACGCUCCGGCCCACCUCGGUUCUAGCACAGAACAGCCGGCUCAGGCGGCGUCCUUCCAUACGCCAUCAGAAUUCUACGACUGACACGGAUGAGUUGAAUGCUACCGAGAGCGUGCAGUCGGACGAGUCCCAAGACGCCGAUAUGUCUGGCGCCGCCGAUAACCUUCCCGCAGUGGGUUUCCAGGAUAUCGCCAUGGAAGAAGGUGACAGUGCUUUGGCUGGCGCCGCCCUUGACCUAACAACGCCGACGGUGUCUGAAAUUCCAGAUGUGGGAACCUUCAACAUCACCCAUCGAGCCCCCAUGGAUGGCAGCAUUCCGAAUAACGCCCCGGCGCCCGGUCCGGCAAUGGGCAUUUCCCCGAACCGCCCCAUUGUGCCUACCCCCCAGCCUUCCCUGCCAACCCACGCGAAUGUGCCUCGCUAUCUUCUAGACCGGCCGCUCCCCCCCAACCCACAAAUGCUGGCGGCAAUGCCUAGAGAGGAAGAUGUGCUGAUGUCGCUUCAAUUGCUUGCGUAUGUUUCGAAAUACUGCAACCUGAGAUCCUAUUUCCAGAAGAGCCACUUGGUGCCGCGAUUGAAGAUCGGGAAGGAAUUGCAACUGCUCGAUGAGAAUGCCACGAUAGAAUCUAUGAGUCAAGAGGAGUACGAGGAGGAAUACCUUCUUCCUAACGACUUCAACAUCUUCCCCCUGGUCGAGAAGUUUACCGUCCGGUAUCACAGCAACGAUAUGCAGUAUUGGGCUGGCGUCGUGAUGCGUAACCUCUGCCGCAAGGACGACACCCGAGGGGGCAUUCGACAAUGCGCGUAUUACCAGUGCGGAAAGUGGGAAGAGUUUACGAGGCAGUUUGCUAAGUGCCGUCGGUGCCGCCGAACGAAGUACUGUAGCAAGGAGUGUCAGAAGAGUGCUUGGGCGUUCCAUCGUCACUGGUGUGUUGCCGCCUCGCAAUAACCACGUCUACACUGUCACCAAUCUCGCGUCAUCUCAUUUCACAAGGCGUUCUCAGCAUAAUGUCUACUUGAUCGACUUGAUUCAUAAGUUGAAUUGCAUGGCGAAAGCAAGCAUAUCACGAACAUGGCGUCUGCGCUCUGAUACCAUUGGUUUUUCGCGUCACGGUUCUUUUCUUUUGUCACGCCACUAUCGAACGGAAUGUCACGAGGCGAUACACAACCCCCCCCC